CACACAGCCUUGCGUUACGAAAUUCCGUUCCCCACGACACCACGAUCGAUUGCAGUUGUACAGUACGUGAAGCGGAUGGGAAGGCUAGAAUAGGAAAACGUUUAUUUUAGAUAUUUUGAAAAAAGGUGUUGUUCUAAUAUUAUAACUAUGAAAAUUUGGAGCUCAGAACAUGUAUUUUACCAUCCAUGGGAAACAGUCAGCCAAGCAGCAUGGCGGAAAUAUCCAAAUCCAAUGAAUCCCAGUGUUAUAGGAGUGGAUGUAGUAGAUAGGAGUGUUUCUCCAACAGGAAAACUAGUAAGCCACAGACUGCUAACCACAGAAUGGGGCGUACCAGGUUGGGUAACCAGUCUAAUAGGAAUGAAUCCAACUUGCCAUGUAAAGGAGAAGUCUGAAGUUGAUAUAGAAAACAAAACCCUUACAUUAAAUUCAGUGAAUCUUACAUUAAAGAGCCUUAUAACAAUAGAUGAACAAUUGAUUUACAAGCCUCAUCCAACCAUUAAAGAUGCGACCCUGUUGAAGCAAGAAGCAGCGGUACAUAUACGAGGGAUGUCUUUGAGUAGUUACCUCGAGGGUUUAGUCACAAGUACAAUGGCGUCUAAUGCGGCGUUGGGACGUGAAGCCAUGGAAUGGGUGAUUGAUACAAUUAAUACUGAAGUUAAAGAAUUAGCCUGCUCCGCAAAGAAAGGGAUGGCUGAAUUUCGAACGAAAAUAGAUACCUUGGACCUGAACGCGUCUUUACGUUGAAUCAUUGGACUUUGAAGUGCAAUUAUAUAUAGAUAUUUUUUAAUUUAUACCAAAUACUGAAAUUUAGCAUAAAUUUCAUUUGAGAAGCUGACAAUCAUGCCGGAAGACUUCUAUUAAACAAAUUAUGUUGAGUUUUUUUAAAUGCAUUGUUUUGUCAUUCCUUAAAAAUUGUACAGUGUAUUAGGUUAAUGAGGCUUUCCUGGAGACAUAGGGGCUGUAAUAUGGAGACAAUUUUUGGAGUGCUUGUUAUAUGUUUGCAUUCUUUUGUUGGUUGCUCUUUUAUUCUCCUGGAAAUUCCCUGUUUUUGCUUUGACCAACACACACUGUGUUUAUAAAAAAAGAAGGUAUAGGAAUAUCAAUUUCAAUACUCCAGAACUCAGUCGGCGUCGACCCAUGCGAGACGGUAAUUUGCAGCAGAUGAUCUGCGAAAGUCUCAUUGGUUAAGGGCGGACUCGGCCAUGAUGGAUUCCUCGGUUGACAGCGUCAAGCGAUUCAAUCCAUGAGUAAUAUUUGUACUUCAACUAUAUGCACAUAGCGGCUAACCAUAUGAAAUGCAAUAUUGUUAUAGGCCUAUUUGUUCCCUUUUGAUGUUGAGUGCUGUUGUUUCCAUUUAGAGUUUUUUAGUGUUGGUUGUGUUUUCAGUAUUAUAAUAAAGUGAACACAAUUGUCUCAGGGACGUUAUCUGUCAACUGAGAUCUACCUUCCAAAACUGUCCAAGUUAAAAUGUUAGCAUAUUAUGUAAUUUUGUUCUGCCACAUUGUACAAUCUAUUGCCUCUUUUACACUGCCAAGGGCAGGAUAAACCUGUGUUAAUUCCGGAGUGAUCCCGGGUGCAUUUCCCAUUUACAUCGAACCAAAAAGUCCGGGUUGAUCCCGAGUUGCUCCCACUUUACACCGGCAACGAACUCGAGCUCAAAUACCUCCUUCAAUUUUUGUUGUGAUGGUGAUCAUCACUUUGCUCGAGUUCCUCGUCGUCACGAAGCCACAAUUAUUGUCAAUAUUGAAGCAAUGUACCUGCAGAUUGUUUUUAAAUUAUGCGAAUUAAAUCAGCAGUUUUGAUAUCAAGUCUAUACUGGAGCGUAGAGGGUUUAUUUUUGAAAAGUGUCUAGGCCUAGAUCUUGUUAGCAAAGUUUACGCCAACCUAAACACAGCUGCGGUAGGUGCCAGGAAAAGGCCUAAUUCCGGAAUCAAAUUCGGUGCUGUUUACACUGGCGACUCCUGAAAGCACCCGGGUUGCCCUAUUCUGAAUGCGUCCCGCACAUUCAUCCCAGAGUGUUUGGCAACCCGAGUCGGACUUUUUGAAGUUUACACUAACCACAACUCGGGAAUUUUUUAACCCGGGUAUUGGAAAAUGCCGGGUUAUGUCCGGAGUUUUGCUUGCAGUGUAGAAGGGGUAUAUGUUAACAAUAACUGAGUGCUUGUCACUGUUGAUAGAUAUUUAAAUAAAGUUUAUUUUAAUAUUUAUGAAAAUAAUCAUUAUAAUUGUGAUUAUGGUAUUGCAAAUUGUAGUGUUGUCUACAGUUUAUUUUAAUAGGUAGACAUACUUCUUUUAUUCAUCAUUUUGUCAUUACAUAACAAUGUGAUUUGAUAAUAGAUAUUUUAAUGCAUUAUGCUUAAAUAAAUAAUCUUUUUUCUUAUUGAUUGUAGAAUGAUAAUGUUAUUGAAAAUUUAUUUUAGAUUAGAUUUGGUUCUUUUAUUGUCAUGGUAAAUAUGAAAUAUAUUUAAAUUGACCCAAUUGCAUCAUUCCUAAUAUAUUUAUUGUUAAUUUCCUAAGAUAAUAUUUUUGGUUCAGAAUCCAUGUUUUACUGUGAAAAAAAUCUAUAUGAAUUGACUUCAUAUUAGUGAAUGCAAACUCAAUCUGUGGUUUGAACUAAUGCGAGAAAAUAAACCCUAUUAUGAAACAUGAAAUUGUGAAGUAGUAAUCGCUAUGUUUUCAAGUGUACAAGAUUAAUAAUUCUCCUUACAUACUUCAUAUGCGUUUCCUUUGAAGUAUGCCUUUAUUGCAUGUUUUUCAUAACAGUUAAUUACUACUUAAUUCGUUUGAUUACAAUGGAUAUGAAAGACUCAAACUCAAUGUUGGAUCUGGCAUUCAUUUAAAUUAAAUUUUAAUUUUAAUUUUUGUCUUCAUUUAAAUUGCAGUAUCUGAAUGCGUAUUAAGUUAAAGCUCUUUCUAGAUCAUCAAAUUGUCUCUGACAAAUAUAUAGUUCUAUGACCAUAUUUAGUCAUUAUGUGGCUAUAUAUGGGUAUGGGCGUGAUGUCGUCAUGACCAUAUUUAAGCAUGUCUCAUGUUUUUGUCAAAGAUUUGAUUGGCCAGACAUGUCUUUUACAGUUUUAGCUGAAGUAGCAUCAACCAGGUUCAUAGAAAUAUAAAUUCUUAAUAUAUCUGAGAUUUAGCAAUACUCUCUCUAGUCAUUUUUAUAUUGUUUACUUCGAUACAGUUGUGCGCAUUCACAUAGUAUAUGAUUUUUGUUGUCGGGUAAAUUAAAUAUAGCAAUAUUUUAUUGAGAAAUUCAUUGCCUCAUUAAUAAUAAAUGCCAUUUUAUGCACUAAGUGCUGCUGAAUAUUAAUUUCCGUCAUUUAAGUGUCAUUAUUAUAGCAUUAUGAAGAGCAAUAAUUGUUCUUAAAUUUAUGCAAGAUAUACUAUAGCAAAAUUAAUAAGUGGAUUUUUUGUAGAGUGCACAUUUACGCCUUCUAUUAUAUAUGUAUAAAUGGAUAGUUGUAAAAUUUCACUGGUUGAGUACACAAGUUUUAUAUAUUGCAACAUUAAAGAAUCCCAAAGUCUGGGACACACAGAUAUGCAGUAGAGGGGCUGCAGUGCUUUUUUGAGAGGGGAUGGUGUGGGGUGAUUAGAAGAAUUUUCUUUAAUAUAAUUUAUCUUUCAUGGGUUUUUUUUUAUUCAAACUAGUUUAUUGCAGUGAUUGUUAUUGAAACCAUAUUUUUUUUUUUUUUUUUUUUAGUGUAUUAGUACCUCAAAUUGGUAGUACUGUAUAGGAAGAACGUUCAUACUUUAAACAAUCGUAUUAGAAUGAUUUGUUAUUAAAUUAUUCAGUAUACCCCGCA